AUGAGGAUAUUCCAGACUCCUAAAUUUUUUCGGAUGGCAAAUGUUUACCGCAUGUUGAUCCUGUACGAUUCUCCGUUACAUGGGGACGUUCUUAAAAUACAGGUCUUUGGGGUUGCAGGCGUUUUUAUUUUGUACUUCGGUCUACUAAACGACGUGAGCAGCUGGUCUGGGACCGGACGCAGUUUUCAACGUUUUGAAUGCAAACUGGGUAUACGUGUUCAUGCACAGAAUUCAUCUCAACAUUUAAAGUACUAA